AAUCUUAGGAGCUACAUGGCCACAUUCUGGCCCUGCCCAGACCCUCUGGGAGCACCCCACGCCCCUGCCCAAUCCCAAGCUCCACCCCCCACACCUGCGCAGCCCCUGCUAUCGCUUGGACAAACCCUGGGUCCCUUUCUUCAGGCGCCAUCACUGUUUGGGACCCCCAGGAACCCCAUCUCCCCAAGGCCCUCAGGUGCAGCAGAACGGUCCCCCCUUUCCUGGCCCUGCCUUCGAGUGGGACACCGGCCAGGGGCGCGGGCUGGGGAGGCCUGGCGGGGCUCAACAGGGACGCGCCCCGAUGCAGCUCCGGGUGGGGCCGCGGUGGGAGGACGAGCCAGCGAGGUAGCCCAGGGACCCAGACCCCCAGGGGCUCCCGGCUUCCUCGCGCAGUGCCCGGGAGGGACCUCAGCGCGGCGCCCGUCUCCAUGGGGACCGCGGGCGCCGGGAGCACGUGGGGCCUGGAGGGAGGAGCGCGGCCCCGUGACCCCGCCACGUGACGGGCGCCCGCGGAAGGCGACAUGGGCUCCGCUCCCUGGGCCGCGGUCCUGCUGCUGGCGCUCGGGCUGCGCGGCCUCCGGGCGGGGGGUGAGUGCGGCGGCGCCCCCGGCCCCGUCUCAGGCCCCGGCCCCGGCCCCGGCCCCGCCUCGGAGGCCCGCGUGGCCCCAGCCCGCAGGGCCCCGGACCCCGGCUUCCAGGAGCGCUACUUCCAGCAGCGUCUGGACCACUUCAACUUCGAGCGCUUCGGCAACAAGACCUUCGCCCAGCGCUUCCUGGUGUCGGGUUCUGGAUCCGGGGCGAGGGGCCCAUCUUCUUCUACACCGGGAACGAGGCCGACGUGUGGGCCUUCGCCAACAACUCGGGGUUCAUCGCGGAGCUGGCGGCCGAGCAGGGGGCUCUACUGGUCUUCGCGGAGCACCGCUACUACGGGAAGUCGCUGCCGUUCGGCGAGCGGUCCACGCAGCGCGGACACACGGAGCUGCUGACGGUGGAGCAGGCCCUGGCCGACUUCGCAGAGUUGCUCCGCGCGCUACGGCGCGACCUCGGGGCCCAGGACGUCCCCGCCAUCGCCUUCGGUGGGAGUUAUGGGGGGAUGCUGAGUGCCUACCUGAGGAUGAAGUACCCCCACCUGGUGGCUGGGGCGCUGGCAGCCAGUGCGCCCCUCCUAGCCGUGGCAGGGCUCGGCGACUCCACCCAGUUCUUCCGGGACGUCACGGCGCCUACGACAAAGUCAGCUGGGAGUUCGGCACCUGCCAGCCGCUGUUGGACGAGAAGGACCUGACCCAGCUCUUCGUGUUUGCCCGCAACGCCUUCACCGUGCUGGCCAUGAUGGACUACCCCUACCCCACCGACUUCCUGGGUCCCCUCCCCGCCAACCCUGUCAAGGUGGGCUGUGACCGGCUGCUGAGUGAGGCCCAGAGGAUCGCCGGGCUACGCGCGCUAGCAGGGCUGGUUUACAACGCCUCGGGCUCGGAGCACUGCUACGACAUCUACCGUCUCUACCACAGCUGUGCCGACCCCACCGGCUGCGGCACCGGCCCUGACGCCAGGGCCUGGGACUACCAGGCCUGCACCGAGAUCAACCUGACCUUUGCCAGCAACAACGUGACAGAUAUGUUCCCUGACCUGCCCUUCACGGAGGAGCUCCGCCAGCAGUACUGCCUGGACACCUGGGGCGUGUGGCCCCGGCCUGACUGGCUGCAGACCAGCUUCUGGGGGGGUGAUCUCAGAGCCGCCAGCAACAUCAUCUUCUCCAAUGGGAACCUGGACCCCUGGGCAGGGGGCGGGAUUCGGAGGAACCUGAGCACGUCGGUCAUCGCCGUCACCAUCCAGGGGGGAGCGCAUCAUCUCGACCUCAGAGCCUCCCACCCGGAAGACCCUGCGUCCGUGGUCGAGGCGCGAAAGCUGGAAGCCACCGUCAUUGGCGAGUGGGUAAAGGCAGCCAGGCGUGAGCGGCAGCCAGCCCUGCGUGGGAGGCCCAGACUCCGCCUCUGAGCACAGGGCGACUGCGGGAGAGGUCUCAAGGCUCCUUGUGGAGUGAGGAGCAGGCUGGCCCCCACCCUGCCCUGUCUGCACUUUCUGGGUCCCUGAAUUUCAGCCACGGUGGCCAGCCUAGCGUGGGGGCUUUGCUCAGGAGGUGGCUGGCAGCAGAGGGAAGGGGCUGAAUAAACGCGUGGAGGCCACG